GUAGUCGCUUUGUUUGUUGGCAGUACGCUAAGAGCUCCUACCGGCGAGUAAGUUGUUACAUACGCCGUAGACAGUUGGACACUCGGUGUCAAGGUUUCUAUGGAGCGAAUAAAUAUUUAGCACUCCAUUAUUGCUAAUUUGCAAGGAACGAACGCAGGUCAAUUGCUGAACUAAAGGCUUGAGCGAGCGCGGUGAAAUGGCGGAUAGCACAAGAACAGUCUUAAUCGCAGUCGACGAGUGCGAACACAGUGAGAGAGCUUUUGAAUGUGAGUAAGAGAAACCUGUUCUAAUUUCUUCACAUAAAAAUGAUGUUUCCCCAUUUUUUUGAGACGAAAUACGUAAAAAAAAUAUAUAAUUGAGGUUUUCUUCCGUUUUGUUCUGGUAGACACAAAGUGAUUUAAUCUUCUUCUUUGGUUAUCAAUAGGUUCGCGCUCGCUAGCCUAAAGGAAAAAAUGAAAGAAAGAGAAUGAAUUAAAAUCGGAAAUUUCAUCGAAACACGAGUUAAAGAUAACGGAAGCGUUUGCUUCAGAUUUGACGACGGCGUCAGUUUUGCAAUAUUAAAAAUAACCACAAAGGCGUCUUUCUCUGAAAACCAUAUGACUUACCAUGGCCUUCAAUUCCAAAUUGAACUAAAAAUGAUUCAAGAAUAACUUAAGUAUCGUUUUAAACGUUGAGAAAAGAUUCCCAUGUAAAAACCGCAUAACAAGAAACUCAAUUGAAUAAUUUUAGCAGUUUUCACCGGCAGACGUGCUUGUCGUAGAUACACACUGAUAUAAGCAAUAUGAUAUCACAAAUUUCGGACUUAAUUUGGAAAAAGGCCAAAAUUUAGUUUCGUUUUUUCGGUUUAGAAGAAAUGGAGUUUGAUGAUGCAGUCCAAUUUAAUCAAAACAGGAUACUUUUAGCAUCGCUUGAAACUAAGACAAAUUCUGGCCAACAGUGUUGCCAUAAAAAGACUUAAAAUUGUUAUAUUCAAACGGAAAUUGAAAUCAACAGUUUUACAUUGUGUUAUGUUUCUUUAUGUAAUCGUUCUUGUACUAUACGCAUCUAACAAGAGAGAGUAUUCUUGGAAUUCUAAGGCUGUUGUCUCAACUAAAAAAAGGAAAACAAAAAAUUAAUCGAAGGUCUAUGCAUUAUUUUCUCCAACCCUCUGUUAUCAAAUGUUUGAUAACAGAUGGUGUCUCCUGAGUGUCCUGAUUAUGUUUUAUCGCAACUUAGCUGUGUUGUUUGGUCAACACCCUCUUCACUUUGCUCAUAAAUGGAGCUUUAACACGAAAAUAUCCGAGUGUUUUUGAAGAUUUUUACCGGAACAAUGCCCAAAUUAACAAUUUUGGCAACGUUAUCAGUGAAAAUUAUGUAUGAAAUAAGCGGUAAUGUCGGUUCCCUCGAGGUGACACCGGUCAGGUGAAAUCAAUCUUUGCACACGAUAAAUAAUUUACAGGGAAGAUUUCAGCUGAGAUGGCAAUGAAUUGCGGUUUGUCUUUCCACUGGUUCUCUUUAUAUUAUUUUAUUUCCUUUAUUGAUUAUGUCAUGCCAAUUAGCUUUGGCUACUAAUAUAGAGAUAUACAAAAAGCUUACCGUCUAUUACCUUCAUAUCAAAGUCGGGAAUCAGUUUUUAAGUCGUAUUAAUAAAGAAGGUUGUAGAAAAUGUAAAAAGGCCUAUCACUCGUCGGCAGUCUGGGUUUCAAAUGAAGAAGGAUUUGACUGUCACAACUUGACGAUUCAAUAAGCAUGCUGAGGUUUACAAAAUCUCAUCAGACCUUCGGCAGGUUUCAUUUUUUACAUCAAUUUUGGGGACAAUUUGUGGUACGUUGUGAAGAAGACAGAUUUAUUCAAGACAUGUGCUUUUUUGGUCCACCUCUUGCCCACUUUCAUAAUAAACUCAACGAGAAGAGCUGGCCACGAGGCCUGGGUUCGAGCGUGAUAUGUUAUAUCAGGGUCAUUACUUCUGACCUUCCGGUGAAAUAAAAAUACGCAGUUAACUAUUAAUUCCUCUCCUUUAAAGUUAUACUCCGACUAUGUUCAGUUUUUAAGUUUCUUGCUCCCAACCGACAUAUUUAGUUUUAGAGGUAAAACUUAUUUGUUCAUGUCUGCAGGGUAUCUGAAUCAUGUUCAUCAGGCAGAGAACUCACUGAUCGUGCUGUACUGUCACGAGAAGCUUGAUCCUCCAGCAUUGUUGCGUAAGUUGAGGUGUCUUAGCUGUUUUUACCUCGGUAUCUGAUUCCGUUCAACCCUCCAAUUUUAUAUAAAGUCGCUGAAAAAUGACAAUUUUUGAAAAGUUUGGAACCCUGGGAAAACAAAAGUAUGAAGUUUUUUUCCUUGUGAGAAACUAACAUUUCCCUUUACUUCACGCUCGUUACGAUUAAAUAACGUCUUUCCUUAAUCAAUUUUAAGUUCUUGAGUUGCAAAAUUCAGUUUUUGCCAGAAGUGCACAUUGAUUCCACUUAACUUUAAUUCUCGUUUGCUGAUCUUUUCCGCAUCUUCAUAAUUUGAAGCCAAGCCAUUUUGUUCAAAAAUAAAAUGCAGAUCUUAAUUUUUCUUUUUCAAGACUAAUGAAAGACUUGUAGGGCUAUCUCUACAUCGAGGGUGCAGCAUAUCGCCUGAAUUGUAUACCUAGUCAUUUUCAUGAAAUGCGCAAAUUUGUUUUUCUCUUCGGGGGAGCUGGUUCUUAGUUUAUGAAACGGCUAUGAGGUGCUUGAGAAUUUUCACUUUCUCCUUUAAUUUUCUGGGACAAUGGCCUUUUAGUAUUCCAAAAUCUCACACAAUUUUAGUAUUCCAAAAUCUCACACAUAAUUGCCUACUUAUAACUUGCAGAUUCAGCACAUUCCGAAGAAUGGAAACAAACUUUGAAAGAACACGACGAGAAAAAAGACAGGGUAAUCGAGAAGUACAAACACAAAUGCGAGGAGAGAAGGGUAAAGCGUGACAAUAAUACUAAAUAUUGUAAGGUAUCUUGACCUUAUUUCACAUUUUUCUAAAAGGGCAACGACAUGCACAUUAGUAUUGUUUUCUUUCCGUUCUUUUGCUCCAGCUAAAGGCAAAAAUCAAGGUAGAAGCUGGAAAACCCGGCGAGACUAUUCACAGAAUAGCUGACCAGCAGAAGGUUACUUGUAUUGUGAUGGGAGGCCGCGGGAUGUCAACACUACGGCGCACAUUAUUAGGUGGAGUCAGUGAUUACGUCAUCAAGCACACUCAGAUCCCUGUUAUCUUUAUACCGGGUCAGCAGUGAAUGACGGGGGCUUGGAAACGAAUUAUUC